AUGUCAAACUUAGUUUCAAAAAUCGAAGCUCUUUUUUUGAAAGGUUCUCUUGACGCUAUAUGUUCCGCUACUGUCAUUUAUCUAACAAGAAAAGGAACAGCUUUACAACCAUUACUUCUCGUUAAAGACUUAGCGGAGCGUGCAGUGAAUUCCUCAUUAACAAAAAUAACUGAUUUCGAUCGAAGAAUGAGAGUGUUGGAAGUUUUACCACAGCAAAUGCUACAGAGUUUGUUUUAUAUACUGCUGGUUAGGGACGCCAGCCCGGAAGAGCGAUGUUGUCAGGAAAAUUUCCUCACGAUGUCGAAGGUUUCUGCUACCCCUAACUGUGUGCAGUUCUAUAGUGGAAAACAAAAAUACUCUAUUAUGGAAGUUGGAUAUAAAAGUGUCGUGAGGUUGGACGCAGUAAAAGGACUGAAGACGGAGCAGGAGCCUAACCUCGACCGUACAAGAGAAGAGAUAGAACGGAAUAUAAGAACCUUAAAAUCGAAGCUAGGCUCGCCGAUGACCGAUGCAGACAUAUCCCUCUACAAUGCCCGCAAAACCAAUCUACGAAGCAUCAAUCUUUCCGAACUUUCGUGGCGUGAUCCAGAGGCAAAUAUGAUUAUUUCCGACGAUUCAACAUUAGUAAAAAAUUUAAGGACGAGACAGAAGCAACUUUUUUUAGAGCCCUUACCGGAUGUGCUCAUGAACAUUGUACAUAACAAAGAAUGGAAAGAGGAGGAUGUUAAAUUGUUAGAACGAACAAAUCGUAUAUUAAGCGUUCUGGAGGGAGUAUGGAACAAUCCAGCAUUCGCAACUAGCGAAAUGCGUAGUUCUCAAAGUGAAGGAACUUAUAUCACAGACAUCGUUGUAACUUUGCUUCGGGCCGGUUUGGAUGAUCUCCCAAAUGGUAGUAUUGAAAAGAGUUCACACUCUUCCAGAGUGCCGAUAGGGAAAAAACCCGAUGUUAUGGUGAUGGAAAAAUGUGGAGGUAAGAUUUUUGAACUUGCUCGUGUGGAAUCUUCACGGGUCGUUUGCACUAAUUCAAAAAAAGAGGAUGAUUCUAUAAAAUUGUGGAGGGAAACCCUAGAUGGAAUAAGUCUUGUCGGUAUUACUUGUAGACCAAAAAGUAAUCAAUUCGGUAUUGUUGGAAUUCAAGUGGUGGCUGGUGAGGAUUUAUGUCUAAACGUUUUAGUGAGAGAUGCAAACGGGAUACCAAGAUAUUUCCAUCUUAUCCAAGCUCAAAUACCUUUUACAAAAAGUACUUCAUGGCGUGUGAAGCCUCUUAUUCACCUAUUACUGACUUUGAGAAAUAUUACAAUUGUAAACAAAAGCUUACUAAUGCAGGCAUUAAAGCAAGCUAAUACACGUCCACCCCGAAAUGCUAAUCCGAGUCCCACAGUUUCUUCACCAUUAUACGAUUAA